GACAGACCACACACUGACACACCUGAACACACACACACAAAAAAAAGCUGCCUUUGAUGGCCACCAAGGCCCCGAGCUGCUCCACCCGCUUCAGAUCUCCGGCCAGCGCCGUUUGGUUCCUGCCGGCCGCCGUCUUCAUCCUCCUCCUCCUCCUUCUGGGCCGCCCGACCAUGGACCCCUACGCUCCCGCCACCCCUCCUGGUCCCGUGUCUUCCCGGCGCGCCGAUCUGUACGGCAGGAUGACGCGGGACCUUGACGAGCGCGGCGCGGCCUUCUUGAAGGGCGGCGAGACAUCGCAGUCCCUCACGCUCUCGGACCUCUUCGAGGUCAGGGACGGCGCCGUCGUGCCCAGGCUCAAGGCCGUCGACCCGCCGGUGCGUGCAAACGUGCUCUACCUGGACCCGGUGUUCGCCGCCGAGAUAGCGAAGGCUGUGAAGGAAGUAUUUCUUCCUUAUUUUGAUAAAGCUAUUUGGUUCCAAAAUUCGAGCAUGUACCACUUCAGUAUGUUUCAUGCCUCCCAUCAUCUGGAGCCAAUCUUAGCAACCAAGGAUGAGAUUGAAGCCGAAGUCGAUGCUGUAAAAGGAGUUACUGAGGCUGUUUGCCCCCUUAAAAUUUCUUUGGAUCGAGUGGUCUUGACAUCAACUGGAGUUCUUCUUGGCUUGUGGCAGGUUGAAUCUGGUACUGAUCCUGCCGACAUCCGCUCAAAAUUGAGAGAAGCUCUCCCUCGAGCACCCCAAAAGCAGUUGUAUGAUCCUGUUCUCCUCCACACAUCCUUUGCGCGAAUUCUGGGACCUCCUAAGCUCCCACAACAGGAGGACACGUCAUCUUUCAGUCACAUCAAAUUCUUCCAUGACCUCAUUGCACAGGUUAAUGGGAAAAUCCGUGGCUUCCAGGCAAAGGUAUCAGAGCUGUGGUAUGUAGAAGAGUACGAUGUGCUAGCCCUAGCACUGAAUGGAAAGAUGAGAGUGCGGAGGCUCCACCUUGGCUGCAAUGAGGGCCAAGAUAACUGAUGACAGUAAAGAGAACACCACCAGGGUAUCAGUGCGCAAUGCAUCGUCUUUAUGAGUUAGCAAUGCUUGGGAGUGCCUCUAUGAUUAACAUAUACUAGUGUGUGCCUGUAGUGCGCUACUACUACUACUUAACAGUAGCAUUGGGUAGGGAUCUACCUAUAAGGUAUUUCCUCGUAGCGUUUUGCAGUGAGCUGCUUAUUUUUACUCGGCAAACCUUUUGCCGAGUAGCUGACAAAUAACACUCAGCUUAUGUCGUUAUGCCUACCAGGAGUAUGCCGAGUCCUUUUUGUCGAGUGUAACACCCGAUAACUUUUUGCCGAGGUUAAAUUUAGCUUUCACAGUGUAGUCUU